CGGAACUAUUGAAUGUUUUCUGUGUUUCAGUGGGAAUGUGUUCGGAUGAGCACGGACUUGUUUUUUUUUUGUCAAUAAAGAAUGUUUAACUGACGGUGUCUUUUAAUAUUAUUGUAUUAUUCCUUUAUUCAGCUCGGAAUUAAUCGUGCAUCUACUCACAGAGUUAACCAUGAAUGUAAACCAAGGCACAGUCGGGAGUGACCCAGUGAUCCUGGCCACGGCUGGGUAUGACCACACAGUGCGGUUCUGGCAAGCACACAGUGGGAUCUGCACCAGAACAGUACAGCACCAGGACUCUCAGGUGAAUUCACUAGAAGUUACACCUGACAGGAGCAUGAUUGCUGCAGCUGGUUAUCAGCACAUACGCAUGUAUGACCUCAACUCAAACAAUCCAAAUCCUGUAAUCAAUUACGAUGGCGUUAGCAAAAACAUCACAUCAGUCGGCUUCCAUGAGGAUGGCAGAUGGAUGUACACUGGAGGAGAAGACUGUAUGGCACGCAUCUGGGAUCUAAGGUCAAGAAAUUUACAGUGUCAAAGAAUCUUCCAGGUCAACGCACCCAUUAACUGUGUGUGCCUUCAUCCCAACCAAGCUGAAUUGUUUGUUGGAGACCAAAGUGGUGUGAUCCACAUCUGGGAUCUUAAAACAGACCACAAUGAACAGCUCAUCCCAGAGCCAGAGGUGUCGGUCAACUCAGUGCACAUUGACCCCGAUGCUAGCUACAUGGCUGCAGUCAAUAGCUCUGGCAACUGUUACGUGUGGAAUUUGGCUGGAGGAAUCGGUGAUGAGGUGACGCAGCUUAUUCCCAAAACCAAAAUCCCUGCUCACAAACGUUACUCUUUGCGGUGUAAAUUUAGUCCUGACUCCACAUUGCUGGCUACCUGCUCUGCAGACCAGACAUGUAAGAUCUGGAGGACUUCAAACUUCUCACUGAUGACAGAGCUGAGCAUUAAGAGCAACAACCCUGGAGAGACGUCUCGUGGCUGGAUGUGGGAUUGUGCUUUCUCUGGAGACUCGCAGUACAUUGUCACAGCCUCUUCAGAUAACUUGGCACGUCUGUGGUGUGUAGAGACUGGGGAAAUCAAGCGUGAGUACAGUGGGCAUCAGAAGGCUGUGGUGUGUCUGGCCUUCAAUGACAGUGUGCUUGGUUAAAUAAGAAACAGUCUGCCAUCAUCUCCCAUUCUGAUGAAAUGGGCAGCAGGACUGUUUACUGUCAUAAGGUUUACAACCUGGACUCCUACAUCAGGACAACAUGAGGUUAAACUCUAAGUGACAGAAAUGAUGAAUGUUUUGAUUGUUAUUGAAAUUGUAAUGUAUUAUUGUUUGUAUAUAACUGCACAUUUCAUGAAAAAAAAAAAAGAGAACAUGGAUUAGCCCAAUGCAACAACAGUCAACGGAACAUCAAAGAAUGUGCAAGACUGCAGUUUGCGAUGUACGAUUUUGAUUCAACAGGCAUCCUGCUAAAUAGUAUAUUCAUUACCACCUUUACAUAUCAGGAUGCAUAGGGAAGUACUUAAUUGUGCAACCUUGGUAUCAUGUCUAAGGAAAGUCUGGUAAAAAUAAGAUUUGGGUAUGAUUCGUCAUUCUUCUAAAACGUGUAGUAUUUAAAUAUCCAGGUGGUAGAUACAUUUAUAAAACAAUCAGGAAAAAAAAAAGUGUUUAAAAAUAGCAAUACAAGGAUUUUGAGUGUAGAAAGAACCUAUAACUCAAUCUCAAAAUAUGCGUUUGUGAUAUGCAUUCCUUUGCUGUUUAACUAAUAUCCUCUUCAGAUAUUUUGUCCUGUAAGUGGAUGAGUUAUUAAACAACAUUCCACAAGGUUCGAAACUGCUCUUAUGACCUAAAGGUAUUCAGUCAUUUCAGUACUGGUUCACCACAUGUCAUGACAUGUGGGGUUUGGUAUUUUCUUUUCCUUACACAUUUUUCUUGCUUCUGCAUCUGUGUAUAACCACAGGUUUGUAAAUACAAUCCAUGCCAGUAAAACACUGAUUUAAGAAA